UGAUUAGCAUUAACAAUGACAAUUAUAAAAGUUACAUCGUGUGCAGUGAGUCAAACGUCGUUUGCGUCGAUGAUGUGAUGAUGUAGGUGUGUGUGUGGAUGCGUUGAAAGAGCGCAAACAAAACGUUUGCAGUAAUUUUAUUAAGUUAUCCAAUGUGUGGUGCGUGUGUAAGCUGUUGCGGCCGGGCCGCCGGUGCCUAAAUAAAAAUGAGUUGGCUCGCAGACAACGUCUUACGGUUUUUAAUAGCGAAAUUAUAAUAAUAGGUGAAUAGGCGUUGCGUUGCGCGUUCAUUGUCUUUAUUUAGCGAGCGGAUUUGGUUUGUUUAUGCCGGUUUGAUAAGCGGGCGCGCGCGAGUGCGUGAACCCCGGGGAGUGGUGGCGGUGGCGGCGGCGGCGGCGCCGAGCAGCAGCAGCCGCGCGCGCGUUUCAGUUCCGCCCCGGCCGUUAGUUAGUGCAGCAGCAGCAGAGAGUGCGCGUGCAGGUGCGGUGUGUGUGUCGCGGCAUGCGGCGGUGAGAAGCAGGACGCGCGGCGUGUGUUUUCAUUCUCUCCCGGCUAUCGCGCAACAAAUUCCUCUAACGCCCACCCCCUAUCUUUCUCUCUUUCUGUCAUUCUCGCCAAUUUAAACUUUAGUGGGGUAGGCCUACGGUGCGUGCUGCGCGAUGUCGGACCCCGCGGCGGACAACGUGACGAUGCUGGCGAAUGCCACCGCUGCUGCUUCCACCUCAUCAGUCAUUGACUGCGCCGAAGGUCUUCUACUACCCUGCUGGAUGCCAUUGGAAGAUGUCUCCACAUUUGAAAAGAUCAUCCGUGGGUCGGUGUACUUCAUUGCGCUUGUUUACCUCUUCAUUGGGGUGUCCAUCAUCUCGGAUCGGUUCAUGGCCGCUAUUGAAGUGAUCACGUCGCAGGAGCGCGAGGUGCGCGUGCGGAAGGGUAAUGGCGAUCGGCAGAUUGUCGUCGUGCGCGUGUGGAAUGAAACGGUGGCGAAUCUCACCCUCAUGGCGUUGGGUUCCAGCGCGCCGGAGAUCCUCCUCUCGGUGAUUGAGAUCUGGGCGAAGGGUUUCCAAGCGGGUGACUUAGGUCCUGGUACCAUUGUGGGUUCAGCUGCUUAUAACCUCUUCGUGAUCAUCGCCAUCUGCGUGUUUGUGAUACCCAACGGCGAGGUGCGCAAGAUCAAACAUCUGCGGGUCUUCUUCGUUACAGCCACGUGGUCAGUCUUUGCCUAUGUGUGGCUCUACUUAAUCCUGGCAGUUAUCUCUCCUGGCGAGGUAGAAAUCUGGGAAGCUCUGUUAACAUUCAUGUUCUUCCCAGCUACGGUCUUCACAGCCUACGCGGCUGAUCGUAGAAUGUACAAAUACAUCAGUAAGGAUUACCGCAUGAAUGCCCGAGGUGUGAUGGUAGAAACCGAAGCCAUGGAGAUGGGUGGUAAUUCCUCUUUGAUGGGUUACGAUGAUGUUCAUGAAGAGAUCAAACAAGAGUAUAUUAUAACUCUGAAAGAGUUGCGUGCCCUGCACCCAAAUUGCGAUCUAGAGUCCCUCGAACGCAUGGCUCAUGAAAUGCUACUGAACCGUGGCCCAAAGUCCCGCGCAUUCUACCGUAUCCAGGCCACGCGUAAACUGAUGGGAAGCGGGGAUCUCCUCAAGCGUAUCUCCGAACGCGCCCAGAGUGAUCUCAGUGAAGUGAAGGCUGAGGUCCGUCGAGAAUCAGGUGUAGCUGAAUUCAACCCACUUGGUUGCAAAGCGUACUUUGAACCAGCCACCUAUACGGUCCUUGAGAGUUGUGGUAGUUUCGACGUGAGGGUUUCCCGAUCCGGAGACCUAGACGCACCUCUAUCAGUAGAAUACUGUACAGAGGAUGGUACUGCCACUGCAGGUAGUGAUUACAUCGCAGCCAAGGGCACCUUGCAUUUUGGUCCUGGAGAUAAAGAACGAUUGACCUUGGAGGUGAUUGAUGAUGAUGUGUUUGAAGCAGAUGAGCACUUUUACGUGCGUCUGAAGGGUUCACAACCUCCGAAUUCCUUGGGAUCUCCUACAUUGGCCACUGUGGUUAUCUUGGAUGAUGACCAUGGCGGUGUCUUCAAGUUCCCCCAACGUGAUUUCGAGCUGGUUGAAAGCGUGGGCACCUAUGAGUUGGUAGUGACGAGGUGUUCAGGCGCACGUGGGCGUGUCAUCAUCCCCUAUUGGACGCAGGAUGGUACCGCUAAGGCCGGCAAGGAGUACGAGACCACCGAGGGUCAUGUCGUCUUCGACAACAAUGAAUCUGAAAAAACCAUAUUCAUUCCUAUCAUCAAAGAGGAUAGCUACGAGAAAGAUGUUUUGUUCUAUGUGGAGCUUGGAGAACCGCAAAUGUCUGGCGACGAAAUAGCCAGCCUCGCAGCGUCAGCCGAGCGCAAGAGACCGGAAGAUCGCACCGAAGCCGAACGCAUCGCCAUCUUGGGCAAGCCUCGACUCGGCGACAUAACCAAAGCACAAAUUAGGAUAAAGGAGAGCAAAGAAUUUAAGAACACUGUGGAUAAAUUGGUACAACGUGCGAAUGCAUCUUUACUUAUCGGUACGAACUCCUGGAAGGAGCAAUUUAUCGAAGCGCUCACAGUCAGCGCCAGCGACGACGCCGAAGAAAAGUCGCCGUCACGAUUUGAUUACAUCUGCCACUUUAUUACAGUCUUCUGGAAAGUCAUCUUUGCGUUCGUCCCUCCCACAGGGAUGUUCAACGGGUAUUUGUGCUUCGUUGUCUCAAUUUUUGCCAUCGGAGUUGUCACCGCUGUCAUCGGCGAUGUCGCUUCACAUUUUGGCGCGACGCUUGGCAUCCUUGACUCGGUCACCGCCAUCUUGUUCGUCGCAUUGGGCACUAGUAUUCCAGACACGUUCGCAAGUAAAGUGGCCGCUAUCCAGGACAAGUACGCGGACGCCAGCGUUGGCAAUGUGACUGGCAGCAACGCUGUCAAUGUCUUCCUGGGCAUCGGCGUCGCCUGGUCGAUAGCAGCGAUCUACAACCCAGUGGUUCAUGGCAAACCCUUCCUUGUCAGUCCGGGCAACUUGGCAUUCUCUGUGACGCUGUUCUGCACAUUGGCGGCGGUGACGAUCGCCGUGCUGAUGCUGCGAAGAGUGAAAAUGAUCGGCGGCGAGCUUGGCGGUCCGACAAAGCUCAAGUACCUCACCUCUGGCUUUCUGUUUGCACUGUGGGUGCUCUAUCUGGUUCUGUCCACACUUGAGGUGUACCAUGUCAUUCAGGGCUUCUAAGUCAUCAUUUACAACCACAACACUCGAUUAUUUAUUGCCAUCUUUGUUAAAAUACAAAACACACACGCCCUCAGACACGUUCGAUGAAAAUUUGUUAGGCACUAAAACUCGAGUGACGCUACCGAGCGCGCGUCGAUUUGCAAAUGGCGGCCAUCAUCACACACACAUACACAUAUAUAAAAUGCAUUUCGUGGCCAUCUUGGGCGGAUGACCACAUACAUUUUGGACGAGAAUUAAAUUUGAAGGAAAGAAACACACAACAUUCCAACUUUCAACUUGACAGGCCACGAAAUGUCAAAAAAAAAUGGUAAAUGCCGCCAUCUUAAAUGCAUUCGCUCGGCGCUCGACUCGGUGUUCAUUUGUUUUAUACGAGAAUCGUUUAAUUUCCUCCUUAUUUACGUUUCACCUUUGUUGUUCGUUUGCACUCGACGAUUAGUUUUACGUAAGAGUUAUCUAAAAGUGGAAACAAUUACAUUUACGAAUUACGAUUAACUAUUAGGGACAAUUGUUACUUUGACGUAAGUUAUCUUAAGUAUGAAUCGUUUAUUUCCUUUCAGGUAUUUCUUUUCUCUGAUUAUUUCAAGUAGGAAUGACUCUCUUUGUUAUUUGUUAUGAUUUUGUCUUGAAAUAUUUUCAAGUGGAAUGUAUAAAAUACUCAAGUGUGCGUGUUCCUGUUCCAAACCACCUCUUGUGUACCAUUUGUUUCGUUUGUACAGUUUCACCGGGGAACCGUGUCCGGAAUUCAAUCAAUCUCAGCGGUUUCACUAUUAUCUUCAUUUUGUAAAUAUAAUUUCAACUUCCA